AUGACGUACGGGCAGUCUCGCCGGGACGCUGCUGCUGCUGCCUCUGGCGAUGGUGGUGCUGCUGCGGAUGCUGGUGCUGCUGGUGUGGUGAGGGAGGGAGGGGUAGAUGCUGGAGGUGACAAAGAGGGGCAAGGUGGGGGAGUGGGAGAGAGGAACGAAAGAGAGAAGGGGACAGCAGAGGAGGGAGAGGGAGCCGAGGGGUCUGAUAAUGGAGCGAAGGAAGGUUUGAGGAAAGAGCAGCAAAGGGAGGGAGGUCCAGAGAGCAAAGCAGCAGACAGAGAAGGGAAAGAGCACCCAGAAGCACCAGCAGCGCACCCCUCCAAGGCACACACAAGCAGCCCUGCAGCAGCUGAUGUUGCAGCUGCCAGCACAAACAACGCCUCUUCAACUCCCUCAUCAGCGGCAGCUGCAACGCCAGCAGGAGCAGCGGCAGCAGGGAACGGUCUCAGUGGCUCAAAACGGAGCUUCUCCCUCUUCUCCUCUCCUCCCGAGGUCCUAGGCACCACCAGCACCACUUCUGAAACCCAGUGGGCGCUGCCUCAGAGUGCGUUGGCGCACGUGCAUCGGAAGGGAAAGGGGCCGAGAGACACGUACCGGUGGACCCAGUACGUUCCGCCCCUCCCUCUUGAUCAACUCCGCUCCCAUGGCUGCCCUCUCCCUACUUCCUUAACCAAGUGGGCUCUGCUGCCUCAGAGUGCGUUGGUCCACGUGCAUGGGAAGGGCAAGGGGCUGAGAGACACGUACCGGUGGACCCAGUGCGUUCCUCCUCUCCCUCUCGACCAGCUUCGCUCCCAUGGCUGCCCUCUCCCUGCUUCCUUCACCAAGGGCAAGGGGCUGAGAGACACGUAUCGGUGGACCCAGUGCGUUCCUCCUCUCCCUCUCGACCAGCUUCGCUCCCAUGUCUGCCCUCUCCCUGCUUCCUUCACCAAGGUCUCAGUGGGCUCUGCUGCCUCUGAAUGCGUUGGCACACGUGCAAGGCGCCCUCUCCCUGCCACCUUCACCAAGCUGUGCACUCUUCCUCCUCUUACCUGCCCUUUCUGA